AUGACCCGCGACGCGAACACUCGAGAGGCAGGCCCUCAAACGCAGCCGCAAGCUCAGUCCAAUGCGUAUGCCAUCAAUGCAUUCGGCAACUGGCUUCGUCAGAAUGCGCCCGCUGCACUGGCGGCCGGCAACGUACUGCUAGCGCCAAUGCAGACUCGCCAAGUAAGCGAUCACACGGCCAAUCUGUCAGCUUCCGGUUCGCUCGUAGCAGAUCCGCAGCCGCAACCUGCUCACGCAACUCGAGAAUCCCUACGGCAGAGACGAGCGAAGCUCGAGAAAGAGCUUGCGGAUCUUAGAACUCAAUCUGACGAUGAUGAGCCUAUACAGCACCUCAGGACCGCAGCAGACUCUUACGAACAGAUCGACAAGAAUGAGAUCCCUACUCAUCCUGUGCCGAUUACGCCCACACGACAGACAUCGGGCUGGUGGUCAUGGUCAGGCUCGGCGCCUCGUCAGAAAGCCGAAUAG